AUGACGUCGUACAAAGCUGGUCUCUCGCACGAUGGCUACAUUUACACCAAGUCAAACGGUCUUGUCGGCGGCCUGCACACCUAUGCUGUGAUAGAGCCCGAGAGUAAAAUCCAGCAAGCUAAUGAUGGCGAUGUCUGGGACGCGAUCGUGGUUGGUGCGGGCUAUGCCGGGUUGAUAGCUGCUCGAGAUCUCGUCAAAGCUGGUAAGAAGACACUACUGCUGGAAGCGCGCGAUCGAGUUGGUGGCCGGACCUGGAGCGCCGAGAUUGAUGGCACAACCUUCGAGAUGGGCGGUACUUGGAUUUCACAUGUGCAUGGCAGAUUGUUUGCCGAGCUGCAGCGAUAUGGACUCAAAGACGAUGUCACGAUGACUCGAACUCCAGGCGGCGGCUGCUCUUACUUCACUUUGGAUACUGGCUCCGGAACACGAAAGCUGUCGCUGGAAGAGGCCGGUGAGAUGACGGCCAGAGCAUGGAAGAUCUUCAUCAGCAUUGACGGCAAUGAGGGCCGAGAUAUUUGCCCUCUCCCAUUCUCUUCUCUCGGAAAUCUACGUGUCUCGCCCGAGGAAGUCAAGGCUGUGGACCAACUGAGUUGUCGAGAUCGAUUGAACCAAGUCAAAGAUAAAUUGACUGCUGACGAGAUGGCCUUAAUUGAAUCGCUAGUCCCGCAUUGCGGUGGCGGCUCAGUUGAGGAUAUGGGAUUCCUCGAGAUGCUGCGCGCACAAGCACUUCAAGGGUACAGCCCAGAGACCUUCGAAGACAUUUGGACCCUGUACAAGAUCCGUGAGGGCCAAUCGACACUUGCACGAAGGAUAUUUGAUGAUGCAGUGAGACUUGGUCUACAGUAUUCCUUUAAGACCCCGAUCAAAUCUUUCGUUGAGAAGGACUGCAUCGUGUUCGUAACAACUGAAAAUGGCAACACAUAUCGCGCGAACCGCGUCGUCAACACCAUACCACUUGCCGUGCUGCCGACCAUCCACUUCGAUCCUCUACUCUCACCUCUGCGACAAGAAGCCAUCAACAUCGGGCAGCUGAACUACCUCACCAAAAUCCACGCCGAAGUCGAAGGUGACCUUCGAGGCUUGCGAGGAUGCACCUGGCCUGGCGACUUCCUCUACAUCUACGGAGACGGCUUCUGUGCCGGUGGCAAGACAACUCGCAUCACCUCAUUUGCUGGUGAUAACCGUGGCAAGCUUGACCCGAUCAAGGAGCCCGAGAAGCUCGAGACCGCACUCAAGCGUUUCCACCCAAUGGAUAUCAAGAGAGUUAUUUUUCACGACUGGAUCUCUGACCCGUACUCGAUGUGCGGCCCAGCGUGGUAUCGUGCUGGAUAUCUCACUAAGUACUUGCCAGAGCUUCAGAAACGGCACGGUAAUGUGUUGAUGGCUAAUGCAGAUUGGGCUUCUGGAUGGAGAGCGUUCAUCGAAGGUGCGAUGGAGCAGGGCGGCCAGGCUGCUGAUACUGUCAUGGAGGAGGUUGGAAUUCAGGGAGCGAAUGUUGCGAACAGUACGCAGGCACGCUUCUAA